UUUUUAAGGCGCCAAGUCUGAAAACAGAAAAAUCGGGGGAGAGAUUUUUCCGGAAGUUAUACGGAAUUUGCUUGAAAAAGAGCGACUACACUCCGCACAGGUUUUGAACAAGUUGUUGGGAAGGGAUUUUGUGAACUAUGAGGCCAGAAAAAGGAGGAGUGCAGGAGUUUCUCCAACAGUUGGAUGCCAAGGCAACCAAACUCACCAGUUACUAUGGCAACGACUACCCUCAAGGUCAUCAGGGCGGAGGUCAAGGUCAGACGCAGGACUCAGCAGGUCAGAGGUCGAGUGGUGAGGAUGCCAGAGCUAAUGAAAUGGAGACCAUGAUACAAAAUUUGCAAGAGAAGAAAAGACAACUGAAACAGAGACUUUGCAGUGGACCAAAACAGGUAUUUGGGAGCCUUGACAAUAAGAAGUUGCAGAGGUUCAAAGUGAAGACUGAGGCUGACAGAGCUGCCAUGAGGAGGGCGGCUGACUACAUCAAACAGAGGAGAGCUGAGGAACUCAAGAAGGCUUACAGCUUGGCAGGUAUGAGUAUGACCCGUGUGUCGGAGUCCUGUGUCUGUGUCACCUGGAGGACCUUCAGUGCCGGACAGUACAGGGAGUCCUACCAGGCUGACAUCCAUGUUUCACAGAGCUUGAAGAUUGGUCACCACACCCUCCCCACCUCCCUACCCCUGGAGGAGCUAAGCUCCACCCUCCUGAACUCUGACCUGAAGAAGUUUCUCUGGGCAGUUGGAGACCAUCUGAACGCCUUGGUGUCUGGAGCAUGA